GGUAUUUCUUGGUAAGUUGGUGUUCAUGCGAACAGUUUAAACUCAACUAAGACACAUAGUAUGUUAAGUUCGGGACUUCGAAUUCCUGGGUUCCCAAAUGGACAAGAUACACCGGACACAUAUCGUGGAGAGUUAGGAAGUCUGCAACGUGUUCCAUCUAACUACCAUCCGCAAUACAUUAAUCAGCUGAACGAAACGGACAGUGUUAUUCCUCAUUCGAGUGCGCGUCCUCCAAGUGUAAACCAUGCUAGUGAAAUAAACUCUAUACAUGCAUCGAGACCUCAACAGGCAAAAUAUGCGGACUAUUCCCAGAGAGGGAAACGGAUAGCUUCGUACAAUAACUGGCCCCCCACAGCCAAACAAAAUCCUGAAAACUUAGCAGAUGCUGGAUUUUUUUACACAGGUCAAGCGGACAGUGUGCGAUGUUUCUUGUGUGGGACAGGACUGCGGAAUUGGGACCCGGAGGAUGAGCCCUGGGUGGAACACGCCCGCUGGGCCCCGGAAUGUUUCUUUGUCAAAGACAAAAAAGGACAAGAUUUUAUCAACCUUGUACAAGUCGCGGUGCGACAACAACAAAUGCAAGAAGCUUUACAGCAGCAGUCUGAUGCCAUGACGAGGGAAGCCACAGAUAUCGCGGCGGACUGUGUACCACCCAACAUUGACACAGGAAUACAGAAUAACAUGGCAACCAGUAGUCAGUCGUUGACAUCAGGUCGUAAACCUCCAACUAACGCCGAGAAGAAAAACCCUCUACUGAGUGACGCCGCACAGAGUGUCCUGGCCAUGGGGUACCUGCCCAGGAUUGUCAAGAUGGCGGUCGAUAAAGUUCUGCAGUCAAAAGGCUGGGAUGGUAUGUCAGGAUCAAACAUUGCUAACAUCAUUUUCGACAUGGAAGAGUCCGGGGAAAUUGACAAAGAAAAUUCUAUGGUUCCUAAAGUUUUGUCGGACAGUUCCUGGAAGAAAAUUAAUGACAGAGUGCCUGAUGAUAUCAAGGAGCUUACACAAAGAAACAGUGAAAUGAGAGAGAGGACCAUGUGUAUUCUGUGUUGUGAGGAGAGGGUGUCCAUUGUUUUUUUACCCUGUGGUCACCUGGUCAGUUGUGCCCAGUGUUCUCCCGCUUUAAAAAACUGCCCUGUGUGCCGAGAAUCUAUCAAAGGGACGGUCCGGGUGUCAUUUGCAUGAGUUGGUCAAACAAAAUGGAAAAUAAUGACAACAAAAACAAAACAAUACAAAAAAUAUACAAAUACAAUUUCAAAAAAAAAAGAAAAAAAAAGAAAAAAUAGUGUAUACAUAUCUGUUGCAGUAAUAAUUAUAAGAGGGUAAUUUAUUUUGGAAUUCCAAUUUCUUACUGAGGAGGAGGGGGUGCAUUUUUCUCCUCAAUUUAAAAUAAAAUCUUCUUUGGAUUUCAACUUCAAAAUGUUUCCUAGCAUAAAUGUUUUCUGUUAAAAGGGCGGUAUUUUUCUUAGAUUUUAGUUGAAAUUAUUUGUGGAAAAUAUUACAUGUAUAUUUAAAAUUCAUUUAACCAGGUUCAUUGUAUUUAAUACUAGGUAAAGCAACACUGAUGAGGAUUCAGUAUCCGAAAUAUGUAUACAUCUUCAGCUAUUUCAAAGAAGGAUAUGUUUAGAUAAAGGUUUGGUUUGACUUGCAAAAAACAUAUUAGAAAGAAGUAAAGCAGAAUUGUGUGAUAUUUACAUCUAUUUUUUGGUUUGACCAGCUCAUUACUGCAGCAUAGUAUUAAGGGCGCAGGAUGGUAUAACCAAUUCAUUAUAAUAGUUUGCUAAAUUUGAUUUUUAUAUUCCUUGUGUAUAUGAAUAAUAGUUUUUCAAAUUGACCAGGAAUAUUUAAAAAAUUGAAGAACUUGUGUUUGCAGGUUAUACCAUAAGGGUCACUAGAAUUUUAUUGCUAAAAAAUCAAGAAAAAAGGUUGUCGAAACAAGAUAUUGACAACAAAUGCAAUUCUUUAACAUCUGAUGAAUUGAUGAAAUUAGAUCAAGUACAACUUACAUAUGUACUAUUUAUAAAGCAAGAUGAGUAUUUGGCAAUACAUAUACACAUAUUUACUACAUGUAAAUACAUGUACAAUAACUCAUUUCACACAAUUCAAUGUACAUAUGUGUAUAUAUGACAUACAUGUAUAUAAAUGUUUGUUAUACUAAUUGUUGUAAAGAUACAGUACAUUACAAAAUUCAUACUGGUUUGGUUUAAAUUCAUACAGUCUAUUUAUUGUGUAUUGUGAAAAUUAACACUUCUACAUGUACAUACAACUUCUGACAAGAUUUGUAUAAAUGUUGCAUUGAUUUUGGACGGUUAUUUAAUAUGUUUCAUUUAAUAAUGGAGGUACCAUUUUAUUUCCGCAAAAUCAAAAAAUAAUUAAAAAAAAAUAUUUUUUUUGUUUUAAAUACAUGUACAGAGCUUUGUAGAUUUAAAUUUACUCAUGAAUGAUACAAUUUAGUCGAGAUCUUUACUUAUAAAUUCCUCACUCCAGCUUCAGUUUAAUGCUAUAUGCAAUUCUGUAAUCCUGUUUCUAUUCCAGAUCCUUUAGUUACAGAUGACCAAUAAAGUCAGAAUAAAAUAUUUUUCAACAUGA